AUGACAGUCUCGGAGACCGAAAAGGCCUUGUCUGGCAGCCCUAGCCCAGAGCCCGUCGAGCCUGUCGAGCGAGGGAACAGCAUACAGAUGCUGGUCGCCAAGGAGGACCAGGCCUCUCUGACCGAGAAGAAGUCUGGGAGUCCAUAUCUCAGAAUCUUUACCUAUGCAGGUCCCUACGAACGCUUCAUCCUGGCCGUAUCGAUUAUAGCCGCCAUCGCUUCUGGCGCUGGCAUUGCCAUCCAGAACCUGGUCUUUGGCAGCUUUGUCACGACAAUCACCGACUUCGUCACUGAUCCCGCCUCGGGCGGUGCAAAGCUCCGCCAUGAUGCCGGCAAGUUGGCGCUCUACUUCGUCUACAUUGGCAUCGCGAGAUUCGCCCUCUCCUACACGUACAACGUCCUCUUGACCUACAACGCCUAUCGAAUCGUUCGAAAUAUCCGACAUGCCUAUCUCAAGGCUGCCCUGAGCCAGGAAGUCGCCUAUUAUGACCUCGGCACUGGUGGAUCGAUUGCGACCCAGGCGACUACGAACGGAAAGCUGAUUCAGGGCGGCAUUGCAGAGAAGCUCGGCCUCAGUUUCCAGGGUCUCGCCGCCUUCAUCACCGCCUUCAUCGUCGCGUUUGUCACGCAGUGGAAGCUGACCCUCAUCUGCCUCUGCAUUGCACCGACGACAAUCGCCGUCAUGGCCUUUGUCGGCAUCUCUGAAGCAGGUGUCGAAAGCAAAAUCUUCGACAUAUACGCCAGGGGCAAUGCCUUUGCGGAGGGCAUCCUCGGCAGCGCACGGACUGUCCACGCCUUUGAGAUGCGGUCGAGGCUCGUCAAGAAGUUUGACGAAUACCUUACCGAAGCCCAUAGGUACGGCCGCCAGCUCUCUCCCUGGUUCGCAGGGCUUCUCUCGGUCGAAUACACAGUCAUGUAUCUGGGCUUUGGGCUUGCUUUCUGGCAGGGCGUCCACUUAUACGUAAACGGAGACAUCUCCUCGUCAGGAGACGUCUUCACAGUGAUAUUCUCUGUCACGAUUGCGACUAUUAGCAUUACGGCGUUGGCACCGUAUUCGAUCGAGUUCGCCAGGGCUGCUUCGGGGGCUGCGCAGCUAUUCGAGCUGAUUGACCGGAAAUCCGAGAUCAAUCCGUUUGAUGAGUCUGGAGAGAAGCCCUCAGAAGUCACUGGCCACGUUGAGCUCGAGAAUGUCACCUUUGCAUAUCCUUCUCGGCCUGGCGUUACUGUGUUGGACAAUUUUUCGCUGACUGUCCCUGCUGGAAAAGUUACAGCCUUGGUGGGUCAAAGUGGUUCCGGGAAAAGCACGAUUGUUGGUCUCAUCGAGCGUUGGUACAACUGCCGGUCUGGGGUCAUCAAGCUAGACGGCAAGCCAAUCGACCAACUCAACCUCAACUGGCUUCGGAAAAAUGUUCGCCUCGUCCAACAGGAGCCUGUGCUAUUCCAAGGCUCGGCAUUCGACAACAUUGCGCAUGGUUUGGUCGGCACGCAGUGGGAGCACGCCUCGAGGGAAGAAAGGAUGGUCCGGGUCCAGCAAGCGGCCAAGCUUGCGUACGCUCACGACUUCAUCACCGAACUGCCAAAUGGAUACGACACGCAGAUUGGACAGAGGGGCGGCUUACUUUCUGGAGGGCAGAAGCAGCGUAUUGCCAUUGCCAGGAGUAUAGUUUCUCAGCCCAAGGUCCUUUUGCUCGACGAAGCGACAAGCGCGCUUGAUCCGCAUGCCGAAGGGAUUGUCCAACAGGCAUUGGACAGAGCCGCUGAAGGCCGAACAACAAUCGUCAUUGCCCACAAGCUGGCCACAAUUCGCAAGGCCGACAACAUUGUUGUAAUGAAAAGGGGCAAGAUUGUCGAGCAAGGCACACAUGCAGGCUUGAUGAAGCAAGAUGGAAUAUAUGCCCAGCUAGUGCACAUCCAGGACCUCUCCGUGUCCAAGAAUGAGUCCGAUACCGAGUCGGAUGACCAAGAGGACGAGGCGGCAACAGAGAACACGCUCAAUCAUGUUGAGAGCUUGAGCCGAUACGCCACCGGGGAUCAAGCACGUCUUGAACAACAGAAAGAGCGAGACAACUAUGAGCAUUACCAAAAGAAGGGACUUUUAUCCGUGAUCUGGAGGCUUGUGGUUGAACAUCCAGAGUUGAAAUGGUCAUACAUUUUUACAGUCCUUGGCUGUAUCGGAGCAGCUGGUGGAUUCCCGGGCCAGGCGAUCCUGCUGUCCAGUGUAGUCGACGUCUUCACGUUAAGUGAUUCGGAAAUGACGAAGAAGGGCGACUUUUACGCUGCCAUGUUUAUUGUCCUGGCGGUCGGUUGCUUGAUUAUCUACGGGUGGUUAGGAUAUACCACGAAUGCCAUUGCUCAGACCCUCUCCCACAAACUGCGACGCCAAAGCUUGAACGACAUGCUCCGGCAGGACCUCCAAUUCUUCGACCGCCCCGAAAACAACAUCGGCGCGCUCGCCAGCCGCGUCGACGCCAACCCGCAGGCCAUUCUGGAGCUCAUGGGCUUCAACAUCGGCCUGAUCCUCGUCGCCGUCUUCAACAUCCUCGCCUGCAGUAUCCUGGCCGUGGCAUACAGCUGGAAAGUCGGCCUCGUGGUCGUCUUUGCCGGGCUGCCCCCCAUGGUCGGAUCCGGAUGGUUCAAGAUCCGGCUGGACAUGAAGCUGGACCACGCCAUCUCGGCGCGACAGUCGAAGAGCGCGGCGAUUGCUUCGGAGGCUGUGACUGCGAUACGGACCGUUUCGUCGUUGGCCAUCGAGGAGUCGGUACUGAAGAGUUAUACGCACGAGUUGGAUGAGUCCAUCAGGGGGUCGGUGAAGCCGAUGUCGAUCAUGAUGAUUUGCUUUGCUUUUACGCAGUGUGUUGAGUACUUUUUUCUGGCCUUGGGAUUCUGGUAUGGAUGUCGUCUUGUCUCGUUUGGAGAGACGAGCAUGCACAACUUUUACGUUGCCUUUUUGGGCGUCUUUUUCUCGGGCCAAGCUGCAUCCCAGCUCUUCCAAUUCUCAACAAGUAUUACCAAAGGCAAGAAUGCAGCAAACUACAUCUUUUGGCUCCAUGGACUCCAGCCCACCGUCCAAGAAACGCCCGAGAACGCAGACCGAGGUCCGAAAUCAGGCGGCCCCCUUGCGCUCGACAACGUCCGCUUUUCCUAUCCUCUCCGGCCAGAGGCGCCUGUCUUAAGGGGUAUCAACCUCGAGAUCAAAAAAGGCCAAUUCUUCGCCCUCGUCGGCGCCUCCGGCUGCGGCAAAUCCACCAUGAUCGCCAUGCUUGAGCGCUUCUACGACCCCUCGACCGGCACCAUCCGCAUCGCCGGCGACGACCUGACCUGUCUCAACCCCCGCCUCUACCGCCGCGUCGUCUCCCUCGUCCAGCAGGAACCCGUCCUCUUCCAGGGCUCCAUCCGCGAAAACAUUGCCCUCGGCAUCGACGACGACGACACGGCAUCUCCGUCCUCCGAAGGGACAACAACAGCAGUCACAGUCUCAGACUCGCGAAUCGAACAAGCCCUCCGCGCCGCCAACGCAUGGGACUUUGUGCUGCUCCUCGACGAGGCCACCAGCGCGCUCGACACCGAGAGCGAAAAGAUUGUGCAGAGCGCCCUUGCCGAAGCGGCCAAGGAAGGGGAUCGCAUCACCGUGGCGGUGGCGCAUCGGUUGUCGACGAUUCGGGACGCGGAUGUCAUUUGCGUGUUUUACGGGGGGAGGAUCGUGGAGAUGGGGAGGCAUGAUGAGCUGGUUGCUUUGGGGGGCAUGUAUAGGAAGAUGUGCGAGGCGCAGAAUAUAGAUGGGUGAA